CCCAAUGACAGCGCAGGAUGCUGAGAGAGGCUGCUCGGGUGAAUGGAGGCGACAAGAUGCCGUCUAGAGCGGCGAAGAAGAGGAAUUAACAUCGAUAAAGAUCUGACUUUGAUCUACUCCACCUUUUCAGACAUGAAAUAAGUCACCCAUGUGCAGUUCUAAGAGUCAGAGCAGUCUCAUUAUAACUCGCCCCUGUUAAGGACCCCUCUGGUGGCUACACCGCCGAAUCACAGGACAUGUACGGCAGUGCCAGAGCUGUAGGCCAUGUAGAGAGCAGCCCCGUACGGUCCCCGCGCCUACCAAGGUCCCCCAGACUGGGCCAUCGAAGGGCACACAGUGGGAGCGGGGGCGGUGCGGGGGGCAAGACGCUCUCCAUGGAGAACAUCCAGUCCCUCAACGCUGCCUAUGCUACUUCGGGGCCCAUGUACCUGAGUGACCACGAGGGCGUGGGCUCCACUGCCACCUACCCAAAAGGCACUAUGACUCUGGGUCGCGCCACCAGUCGGGCCAUGUAUGGGGGCCGUGUCACAGCCAUGGGCAGCAGUCCCAAUAUUGCUUCUGUGGGGCUGCCUCAUGCUGACCUUCUGUCUUACAGUGACCUGGGCUCCCUCUCCAUGCUGCACCCCCACCACCACCAGGGGGUGCCCUCUGCUCUGCUGAGGCAGGCAGUGCGGGGCAGUGGUGGGGAGCUGCUGGAGAUGCAGGCCCAGCUCAGGGAGAUGCAGAGGGAGAAUGAGAUGCUGCGACGGGAGCUUGACCUGAAGGACAGUAAGUUGGGAUCUUCCACCAACAGCAUCAAGAGUUUCUGGAGUCCUGAACUGAAGAAGGAGAGGAUAAUGAGGAAAGAAGAGGCGGCUCGUACGUCAAUCCUCAAAGAGCAAAUGAGAGUCACUCAUGAGGAGAACCAGCUGCUGGAUGCCAGGAGAACCAAGCAUCUUCAGAUGACCAUCCAAGCUCUGCAGGAUGAAUUGCGCACACAGCGAGACCUCAACCACCUGCUGCAGCAGGAGAGUGGUAACCGCUCUGGGUCUGAGCAUUUCACCACCAUUGAGCUGACAGAGGAGAACUUCCGGCGGCUGCAGGCUGAACAUGACAGACAGGCCAAGGAGCUCUUCCUGCUGAGAAAGACCCUAGAGGAGAUGGAACUGAGGAUUGAGACCCAGAAACAAACCCUGGGUGCCAGAGAUGAGUCAAUUAAGAAGUUGCUUGAGAUGCUACAGAGCAAAGGGCUGCCCCCGGGCCCGGGCAGGGCAACCGAGGAGGAGGAGCAAGAACGAGCCCGGCGCAUUGCAGAAGCAGAGGCGCAACUGGGACACCUGGAGGUCAUUCUGGAUCAAAAGGAGAAGGAAAACAUCCAUUUGCGAGAGGAACUGCACAGAAGAAAUCAACUGCAUCAGGACCCAAGUAAAACUAAGGCCCUGCAGACCAUUAUAGAGAUGAAAGACACCAAAAUUGCCUCUCUGGAACGCAACAUUCGGGAUCUGGAGGAUGAGAUUCAAAUGCUGAAGGCAAACGGCUUACUGAACACAGAGGACAGAGAAGAGGAAAUCAAACAGAUGGAGGUCUACAAGAACCACUCUAAGUUUAUGAAGACGAAGAUUGACCAGUUGAAGCAGGAGUUGUCAAAGAAAGAGUCAGAACUGCUGGCUCUGCAGACGAAGCUAGAGACCCUCAACAACCAGAACUCAGACUGCAAACAGCAUAUCGAGGUGCUCAAAGAGUCUCUCACUGCCAAGGAGCAACGUGCUGCCAUCCUGCAAACGGAGGUUGACGCUUUACGUCUACGUCUGGAGGAGAAAGAGUCCUUCUUGAACAAGAAAACCAAGCAGCUGCAGGACCUGACGGAGGAGAAGGGUACUCUCGCCGGAGAAAUCAGGGACAUGAAGGACAUGCUUGAGGUCAAAGAAAGAAAGAUUAAUGUCCUGCAGAAAAAGAUUGAGAACCUGCAGGAGCAGCUGCGGGACAAAGACAAGCAGCUGGGGAACCUCAAGGACAGGGUCAAGUCUCUGCAGACCGACUCCAGUAACACAGACACUGCCCUGGCCACCCUGGAAGAGGCGCUGUCAGAGAAGGAGAGGAUUAUUGAGCGUUUGAAGGACCAAAGGGAGAGAGAAGACAGAGAACGACUGGAAGAAGUGGAAUCAUAUAAGAAAGAGAACAAGGAAUUGAAGGAGAAGGUGAACAGCCUGCAGAUAGAACUAACAGAAAAGGAGUCCAGUCUCAUCGAUCUGAAAGAACACGCAUCAUCCCUGGCAUCCUCUGGCCUCAAGAAGGAUUCAAAGCUCAAGUCACUGGAGAUUGCAAUUGAGCAGAAAAAAGAGGAAUGUAGUAAGUUGGAGACACAGUUACAGAAGCAAGCUGAGCAGCUAUUCAGUCACAUGAACACUCCUAAAGCCCAUGAAGUGGAGCAGCAGUCGGGCUCCAGAGGGAACCCAGAGUAUGUGGACCGGGUGAAACUGCUGGAAAAGGAGGUGAGCUACUACAAGGAUGAAGCUAAUAAGGCUCAGACAGAGGUGGAGAGACUGCUGGACAUCCUGCGAGAGGUGGAAACCGAAAAGAAUGAUAAGGACAAGAAAAUUGCUGAGUUGGAAAGUCUAGCUCCCAGACAAGGGGGUAAAGAUCAAGCUAAAAAGGGUUCAAACAUCAAACUGGGGCUGCAAGGUGACAAGAAAGGCUUGGGACAGGACCCUCGUAAGGACAGCUCCAUAGAUGGUGGUCACCACUUGAAGUUGGAGGAGCUAAUGAACACGCUAGAAAGGACGAGGCAAGAGCUGGAUGCCACCAAGCAGCGUCUCUCCUCCACACAGCAGUCUUUACAGGAGAGGGACACUCACCUCACCAACAUGAGACAAGAACGCAGGAAACAGCUGGAGGAGAUCCUUGAAAUGAAACAACAAGCUCUGCUGGCAGCAAUUAGUGAGAAAGAUGCUAAUAUUGCACUGCUGGAACUGUCUGCCUCGAAUAAAAAGAAGACCCAGGAGGAGGUGCUAGCCCUCAAGAGGGAGCGGGACAAACUGAUGCACCAGCUCAAACAACAUACACAAAGCAGAAUGAAGCUGAUAGCCGACAACUAUGAAGACGAGCAAUAUCAUCCACAUGCUCCUCACCACCCCCAGUCUCAGCCCCCACAUGCUCCACCUCAGCCCCAGCCCCAGUAUUCCCACGCUCCCCACCCUCAACAGACUCCAUAUCCACACGCCCCGCACCCGCAACAUCCGCAACACCAACAGCACCCACAGCACCUGCAACACCCACAGCACCCACAGGCAUCCCAGCAACACCCACACCCACAGCAGCCACAGAUGCAGUACCCUCACCCUCCUCACCAGCAACAUCCUCAGCACCCUCAGCCACCUCCCCAGCACCAACAGCACCCACGCCCUCCACAGCCCCAGCACCCUCACCAACAGCACCCCCAGCAUCCUCAGCAGCACCCACAUGGGCAUCUGCCUCCGCAGCACCCUCACCCUCAGCACCCACACGGACCUCCGCAACAGGGGCCACACCCCCAACAUCCACACCCUCAGCACCCCCAGCACCCCCAGCACCCUCAGCAUCCCCAACACCCUCACCAUGCCCAACAUCCACGUCACCCGUCGCCCCACCAUCGCGGGGGACCAGCCCGAGGACCCCCGCAUGCUGGUCAUCGCCCUUCCCCAGACCAGGAUGACGAGGAGGGCAUUUGGGCAUAAUCCUUGCUGUGACAACCAAAGCUCUAAUGUUGUUUUGAGGGAUGAUUCAGUCACUACUGGAGGAGCACAGCCAUGCCAUGAUGUUGUAACACUACCCAACUAAAUAUUUAUUACCUCCACUCAAUCAGUACCCAGCAACGGGACCUUUUUUUCCCAGGAAGAGGAGGGGGAACUCAGGUGUGCAGGUCAUGCAUAGAGACUGACAGCUGAGCAGGUGAUGUGGGAGCUCUUCUUGGUGUGAACAGGACAAGACGCACUCCACUUCACACAACAUUAGAUAUUCACAACUGAAAUGGAAGGAGAGAGAACGAUAUGGAGAAAGAGAUGUUCUGUGUGUGUCUAAUUGUUGCUUGGACAUGUGAUUAACACGGGAGCACUGUAUCAGAGGUUACACCGAGGUCAACUCACCUGUCUGUCACAAGUUCAGGCCAACGGCGCUCUCUUGAUCCACCCAGCAGAGAUCUCAUGACCGUCUGUCAGCCCAGUAUUUCUUCCUUCCUCCUUCUUCCUUUGACUGGUUCAAGAUCAUGGUUGUCUUGCUGACUGUUUCACCUGCCUAACUGACUCCUCUGGCUCUGGUUGGCUCCUCCGCCUGACUCUUGUCAUGGUUUUUCAAUCCUCACUGCCCUCCUGACUCACCUGGUGACAUCUGACCCCUCUGCCUGGCUGUCAUGACCUUCGGCGUGUUGUAAUCAUCAGAUUGUUUUGCUGAGCUAUAUUUUCCCUCCGUGGCACGCAGUGACUUCUUCCUUUCUUUUUCUUUUUUUAACCUUUUUACCUGCCAUGUGUUUCUUCAGCAUUUCUAAACGUGACGUGGUGUCCCUUUACUAGCAUGUUCCACACAGUCCAGAUUAAGUGGUUUUAGGGUUUCUUUUGUCAUUUCUUGUUGGUAAAACGAAGAGCUUUGAUCUGACUGAUGACAGGCUUGAGCCUUGCCUGCAACAUCAAGAGGUCUCUGUGGCUGUGCAAGCAGGGCCUUCCAGUUCUCUGGCUAGUUUUAGCCUUAAGGCUGUGGCUGCACUGGAUUUUAUCUUCAUCUUACCUCAUUUUAAUCAAAAGUAGUCAAAAAAAGAAAUAAACUAUGCAGAUGUAAACAUAGAGUGAAUGCAUUCCCAUCCUUACUUAAAUCAAGUCAAAAUGAUUUAAUUGUCCAAUCACAGCAGCCAAGGGAGUGGUCAGAAUAUAUUGAUCAGAUUAUUUAGAUUAUUUCUGAGACUAUGCACCUAUGCACCUCCUCUGUGUUGCAGGAAUUUUUACUAAUGGUGCUUCUGCUGGUGCUCAAACUAAACGGUGUGAGAAGACCUGGUAAAGAGCAUCUUUUAGUCCUUUUACAGUAAAGGGACUUGAUCCCACAAUGGGCUUCAUAAACAACUGUAAAGGAGUUCUUUGUACAUAUGAUUUGACAAAUGGGGUUUGUGAUCCACACACAGAGGCUAGGUCCCUCAGCAAAUACUGCUACUAUAAGCAUCAUUCUAGACUAUAAAGAGAAGGCAGUGUCCAAUAGAUGUUUAUCCUGCAGGUCUAUUGGAGCCACUGACACACCAGUGUCUGACCUAGAGUAUGCUCCUGCUCCCCUCUCCCUUGUACUCUUCCAGCAGUAGUUUGUGUGACCUCCCCAAACAUAGUGACUUGUUUUCUCCUUCUCAACAAGGUGGCCUGUGCCUCGUAAAAACUGUACACAUAUGAUAGAUAUGAAUAUAUUAUACAUAUAGAGAGAAAUCUAUAGAGUGUGUCUAUAUGUGGUCAGAAAAUCAUUUCAAACUGACAAGAUACUAUAUAAAUAUAUAUAUAUAAUAUAUAUAUGUUUCUUUUUUCUUCAUGGUUAUUUUUCUAUCUGGCUGGAGGUCUGAGAAAUGUCUUAUUUAGAGCGUUGAGCGGUGUGAUUUUCCUCUGAUUUGUACUGUAUAUGAAAACCCCCCUCAGCAGCAAAUUUAACAUUCCCUGUCUGAAAAUACAGGACAGCCCAAAUAAAAAAAAAUUAAGAGCUUUAGGACAGUUUAUGGGAAACAAAGAAGUGUAUCCAAAUCUAUCUAGAAGUUUAGAAAAGGUGACAUUAUUACAUUCCUUUCUUAAUGUGAAAAACAACUCAGUUGAAGACCACUUUGCCUGUGGUGACGACUUUGAACAGCGACUUUAUUUAUUUUUUUAAUUUUGCAGCUCGCACAGGUAGCAUUGAGAUUAUGUCUGCUGAACUCAGCAGUCAGAAGCUUGCACUUGUGAGAGGACUAUCACAGUUAUCACCCAACCGGAGGUUUGAGUGACUCUGUCUGGAUGCAUUUCCUUCGUGUGUUUGUCGUUGUUGUUGUCUCGUAAGCCGAAGUGAUGAUGUAUGUGACUGUGACAGCUAACCGAGUAGAAAAAAAAACCACACGCGCACACAAAUUGUUACAGUAUAGUGGAAAAAUGAAGUAGACUGUUACAAUCCCCAGUUCCUCUCUCUAACCCUCAUAGUGCCUGUGUGUCUCCCUUUUAUGGCCAAGUGUUGGUUGUUGUAUAUAAAUGUCUUUCCAUUUACUCAUCACUCCAAGGUGAUCUGUGCAUCAUCUUUUAUGUGUCUGCUUCCCACCGUUACAGCUCUGAUCCACUGACCAAGAACCAACAGACCGUGUGAAACCUUGCUGUUUGUGUUUACAAAUGUUAAGAUAAAUCCUGACUUGGAUGUUUAAAAAAAACAAAAGGGAAGACAAUGCAAACAGACAGAGGAGCAACAAUCCUCUCACUACACCGAGAGGGGGAUGAAGUAUGAAUCCUCUAUUUUCAGGUCCUUAUCUACUGAAUACUUGAAGUAGGGAGUUCUCCUACCAUGAAAUAGUAACAUAUGAUUUACAUGGUAGACGACAUUUCAAUUGUGCCCAUGCAUGUCGAUUUUUACAUAAUGUGCCAACUGAAAGCGAUGAUGUAAGGAUAAUCUCCUGUUCUCUAUGCAGAGCGAUUUCUCUACUGUUGCGUCAAAAAAAGGUUUCGGAGACACCAAGGCUUAGAGGCUGGGACUGGUUUCCUGAGCUUAGACGCAAGAGUAAUCUGACAUUGCGCGUGGCAGAUUUGAGAAGGCAAGGCUUCAUCGGUGCCUAGAAACAGAUGUGUAGAAAGACUUGAAAAGUCACCAGUAAUUUUCAAAAGCCUUCAGAAAAAAGAAAAAAAAAAGCCUACCAUACAUUUUCACUGUAUUCUUGUAAACAGGUUGUUUUUGUUUUACUGCAAAUCACUGAAAACUUUGGAUUAAACAAAUCACUGUGACCAAUGCCAGAAACGCUUUUGUUUAACGGAACAAAUAUUAUGUUUACUUUUUUAUUAUUCAUUUUUUUGUAUUUAAGUUAGCUUUAUUUUUUCUAUUUUUUCGGUGCACUGAACAUGCCAGUUUGAGACUGUACUAUUUGUAUAGGUAAAUGUUUUGAGGUGUACAGUAAAAACCAAGGAGCAAACUAAAUGUGUGUCCAGCAUGCUGAAUGAUUAUUCGUGUGAACGUGAGCUAAUCUCCCAUAAAGCAUCAUUCCUCAUACAUUAAUUGCAUCUGCAUCGUGCAUUGUGACGGUGUGAUGUUGUGUUUGAGAGUGAUGUGUGUCUCACUUACUGUGUCCCCUUAGUAGACAGCCUGUGCAGUUCUGUGAGAGUGCAGCAUGUUCUUGGAGUUGCUGGUGUAAAUGCAUUCAGAAAAGAGGGAUGUGUGCGUGCAUAACUGCAAUUUAUUUGUUUAUGAGUGCGUGUAUGUUGUUGUGUGAAUGCACAAGAUAAAACUAUUUAAAAAAAACUGAACAAAAACAACAACAACUUUAUAAAGAGAAAGUCCCUAAAUU